AAAUCCUUCCUCAAGUUGAGUAAAUUUUCCUGUGAAUUGAGAAAACAAACAUGGAGAACAAAGAAGAAGAUGUAAGAUUAGGAGCAAACAAAUAUUCAGAGAGGCAAGCGAUUGGGACGGCAGCACAGAGUGACAAGGAUUAUACAGAGCCACCACCAGCGCCACUAUUUGAGGCAGGAGAAUUGACGUCUUGGUCAUUCUAUCGUGCUGGAAUUGCUGAGUUCAUGGCCACUUUCCUCUUCCUUUACAUCACUAUCUUAACAGUGAUGGGUGUUUCAAAGUCUAAGUCCAAAUGCUCCACUGUUGGUAUUCAAGGCAUUGCUUGGGCUUUUGUGGGCAUGAUCUUUGCCCUUGUCUACUGUACUGCUGGCAUUUCUGGAGGACACAUAAAUCCAACAGUGACCUUUGGGCUGUUCUUGGCAAGGAAACUGUCGUUGACAAGGGCAGUGUUCUACAUGGUGAUGCAGUGUCUUGGUGCUAGGGAUUCACAUGUCCCUCUUUUGGUACCAUUGCCUAUUGGAUUUGCUGUGUUCCUGGUACACUUGGCCACAAUUCCAAUCACUGGUUUCUCUGCUGCUGCAUCUUAGUUCAUGCUUGCAGAUGCUGU